AUGACGCAGCUGAUAUUUAUGUUAGCUGUUGGGCUAUCAUAUUGUGCGCAUUACGUAUAUUUACCCAAACCUGAAGAAUCACAAUUUCAAUUCGCUGAAGAAGCCCGAGCAGCUCUGUGUCCAUUUCUUGGCACUGAAGGAAUGAGAUGCUUUGAUGGUAGCCCUGUAAAGUCAUCUGGCAGAACGUUCGCUUCGACCUAUUUGCAGUUGCCAUGUGGUGUCGGGAUGAGUGCUGAUCGAAGAUCUGGUCGACUCAUCGCUCCAGCAAUUAAACUAGCGUAUCCACUUGAAGGGUGUCAUACUGUAGAAAUUGCUUAUGGCAGAUCCCGUGUCCAAAAUUUUCGCAAUGCUUCACAAUUAAAUGAACCGUGGCAACGUUCAUUCGCCGAUGGAAUGGUUCGUGGUGGAGAAUUAGCUCGUCCAUCUGAUAUUCUAGAGUAUUCUAAUAAUUAUUUUAAACGUGAUGAUGCUCUAGCACUUUCUCAACGUGUGAUUGGACUUUAUACACUGACAUUAAAUAUUUCGACUAUUGAGCUUAAUUCGUUCGCACGCGAUGUAGUUUCGAAAUUAACACCAAACUUUGAUCCUGAUCUUUAUGAAGAUUUUCUUGAUACUUGGGGAACCCAUAUUAUUACUAAGUCGCUUGUGGAUGGUAUGGCGGAGCAACAAGCUAUAGUAAAACGAUGUUUCGAAGCUGGUAACAAUCAUAUCCUUGGUCAAUGUAUACCAUUCUCUGAUCGAGAUCCAAGUAAUUUCACUUGUGGCAACUAUGCUAGCUUCGCAAGCAUGAUUUUGAACCGUCGUCUUGGAGGUGAUAUGGCACUUGAAAACGAUUAUGAAUGGAAAAUAACGCUCUCUAUCGGGCCUGCUCUCAUACAGAUUCUCGAAAUGGUUCUUUGGUAUGAUUUUGUUGCUGAUGAAUCUGUGAAACAAAACUUAUGUACAAUCAUUCGAUAUCGACAGAGAAACAUAGAUUUAGUCCAAACCGAAGCAGUCCACCAAAUCGAUGCACGUUUAUAUCAAUGUCAUUUCGGUAUGCUAAAACGAAUUUCAAUUACCAGAUAA